GCUGCGUUGGCUCAGUUUAGUUUAGACUGUGCGAAUGUAGCGUUUGGUGAUACGGGGGGCAAUUUUACAAAAACGAUCGGUACCGAAAGGUUUAAUCUUCGUUCACAAUUCCGUUGCACUCGCAGAGAGGAUGCAGGAGUAACCAAGAACUCCCGAAAGUCGUAUAUUCUGAAGAACAGUGGAGUUUUCAACCUUUGUCAUCAAGCUAGCAGUUAGCACAGGCCUGGACCCAGACCACGGCCCGGCAGUGGCGACGCUUGCGGGGCGUGAGGCGAUACCGAGUGGAUUCGACUGCUGCAUGAUCCCCUGAGGGGAUUUCUGUGUGUUUGUCUGCUUGUAUCGUCGCUAGCCAGAUUUUAGAUGGGUUUGAACGUUGAGGUGGGGAAAUCUUGUUUUAUACGCCGAACUCCUGGUUGAAGAACAAUGUCGACUCAGAGCCCAACCGGAGCUUCUCUCACACCAACAAAGACGUGAUCUUUUUUUUUUCUUUUUUCCCCUCUUCCCGAGAGUCGCGUUUCUUCCGAAAAAUCUCUCCAGUCCAUUUCCUACACACGCAUUUAUUUGCGGUAUAUUUAUGAUUUUUGUAGUUAACCUUCUCUCAGUUAAAGCAGGCUUCCUUUGGUAGAUAAAGAAAGAGCCUCAGAUUCUGGCUGUUUGGCCUGAGGCUGCCUUUGCCUUGCCUCCUCAGUGCCACACUUAUUUCAUCUGGACUUUUUAUUUCAUCCUCACUUUCAUACAAUCUUUUUUUUUUGUUUUUUUUUUUUUAGAGAUCUCUGAACUAUUCAUUAUUGAAAGUUCUGAGCUGCAGCAGUUUGUGAAUUCAAUUGUGGUCAAAUCAAAGCAGUUGCUUUCUUGAGUUCUUCUACGUUGGGAUUUAAGGGCUGGUGAAGAGGAGACCUUGAAGCUCUCUGGACACAGUAAGGUUUGGCAUACGGACUGAAGCCCUCUGGUCACAGUGGGAUUUGACAGAUUGAGACGAAACUGAAUGCGUUAACCCCAGGUUGACUUUGAGACUGGGCAAGCAGAAGGUGCGCUCCCAAGAGACCUUUUGUGCAAAGGGUGCGUUCAGCUCACCUCUGUUCAAAUGAGAGGGAAGAUGGGUACCCAGGGUAGCCCUGUCAAGAGUUAUGACUAUCUCCUCAAGUUCCUCCUGGUCGGGGAUAGUGAUGUGGGGAAGGGAGAGAUCCUGGACAGCCUGCAGGAUGGAUCGGCAGAGUCCCCUUACGCGUACAGCAGCGGAAUUGACUACAAAACUACUACUAUUCUCCUAGAUGGGAGAAGAGUGAAACUGGAGCUGUGGGAUACCUCUGGACAAGGCAGGUUCUGCACUAUCUUCAGGUCGUACUCCCGAGGGGCACAGGGCAUCUUAUUGGUGUAUGACAUCACCAAUCGGUGGUCUUUCGACGGGAUUGAUCGCUGGAUCCGUGAGAUUGAUGAACAUGCUCCUGGUGUUCCUCGCAUCCUUGUGGGCAACCGGUUGCACCUGGCCUUCAAGCGGCAGGUACCCACAGAGCAAGCUCGGGCCUACGCGGAAAAGAAUGGCAUGACCUUCUUUGAAGUGAGCCCUCUCUGCAACUUCAACGUCAUUGAGUCCUUCACAGAGCUCUCCCGCAUUGUGCUGAUGAGACACGGCAUGGAGAAAUUUUGGAGGCCCAACAGAGUGUUCAGCCUCCAGGAUUUGUGCUGCCGUGCCAUUGUGUCCUGCACCCCAGUUCACCUAAUCGACAAGCUGCCCCUGCCUGUGGCUAUCAAAAGCCACCUGAAGUCCUUCUCCAUGGCCAACGGUAUGAACGCUGUCAUGAUGCAUGGCCGCUCAUACUGGCCCACACUGACCACUGCAGCAGGAGGAAGCAAGGGAAAUAGCCUCAAGCGUUCCAAAUCCAUCCGGCCACCUCAGAGCCCCCCUCAGAACUGUGCCAGGAACAACUGCAAGAUCUCCUAGCGUGGGGCCUGGAGCCUGGAACUCACACCUCUAACCUUUCAGCAGCCACAGUGUUGAAACUGUGAACAGGCCUGAGACAGAGCUGUCCCUGAACCUUCUUGUAAAGGAGACCCUGUCGUGCAUUUGAGCUGAGGAGCUGUGAUGCACUGCCUACACACCCGCUCCCUCAGGCGGGUCCAGGCUCUUUUCUCCCACAGCCACCGCCACUCUUACCCACUCGUCCAUCUCAUUCUGCUCCUUGAACCUGCUGGAGCUGUACAACACUAUAGCUGGGACUGGGAUUGUUUCACUGCAUCAUCUUUGAAUACAGUAUUUACAGUUAAUAUUUAAGGGAGAUUUCAUAAUGGAUGUAGUCAAUUUCUUUUAUUUUGUAAUGAAAUUUUGCACUGAAAUUCCUGUCUUGUUGGGAGCAUGUAGGGAGUUUAAAAGGGAUGUUUUUACCAUGCUUUUCAAAUGGGUGAAGUUUACAUGUUCUCUUCCUACUUCUGUGUCCUUGAGGAUGUCUAUUUUAAUGCUUCUUUUAUGCUCAGAUGUAAUUUUAUUUUUCCACUUCAUCAAUUUUACUGUCCCAAUUUUACCAUUGAUUGGAUGCUAUAUAGGGGCCACUACUGAAACAAUAUGAGGUGCCAGUUUAUGAACAUGUCUGUUGCAAAUUCUGUUCUUUUAAGUCCCAUGUCUUUUCAUUUAGAAUUGUAUUUUUUUUUUUUUUUGCCAGUGCCACUUAGAUGGUCUUCAUUGUAUUGUUGUGGAGAACACUGAGGUUUAAGAAUGAGAUUAUGGAGUUGUGUGACAUGUCAAUUUAUUUACUUGCAGAUCUAUAUAUAAAAUUAACCUGGAAGACUAAAGAAAGGUGAAUUCAAUUAUAAAACCAAUUUGAAUGCCUAUUUUGCUCACAAGUGAUACAACUACACUUACUAUAAAUAUUUGUGUGUAAAUCCUGACCAGAUUUUAUUCAGUCUUUAUGUGGAGAGUAGUCAUUUUGGUCUUUGGAAACAUUCCUAGUGUGGGGUUUGCUGGGGCAGGAUGAAUGAUUUUAUAUAAAUCCAGUGUAAUUUUUUGGCUUGUCAAAUUUACUUGUAAAGAAAGCACUCAAAAGUUCAGUUCCUGGAAAGUAGUUAUAGGGUGUUCCUACAAAUGUGGCCAUAUUCAUAUUUAAACCCUUUAUAGAGUGACAAAGGCAGGGUGGUUGCUGGAGCGGUUUGCAUUGGGUACAUUUUGAUUAUCCUCCUUAAUGCAGAUUUUGGCUUAUUUUUUGUGUAUACAGUAUGUUCCAUCUUUCCUGGGAGGAAGAGGGAGGGAAAAAAAAAAAAAAAAAAAAACCAGGGUUUUCAGUUUAGGAUUUUUAGAAAGACUGGCUCCAUUUUUGACCCAUUGGAAUAAUAUUUAACCUGAACAACGCUUUUUAUGGCCCUCAACAUUUUAUUCCAAGUACUUCUCGCCUGCUGUUUUGCUGAAAGAAUGGAAGUACUUUUGAGACCUAAUAGGUGUCUAAUUGGUUGAUUCCUGUUUCCACCUAUGUUGGUAAUGCUAUUUCACCCGUUAUAACGUGCUUUAUUGUGCCAAAAUGACCAAGCAUUGAGUGCUAGCACAGCUCUUCAUAUUACCAGUUAACCACAAUCACUGCAUGUUCAGUUCCUGCUUGCAGAACUAAUUUUUGCAAUAAGGUAAAAUUCAGUAUUAAUUGCUUGUGCUCAGAUUCACAGUUUAAAAAUGAACAAAAACCUGACUUAAGCAAAAUGAAAACAUGAAUUAAUACUUUGAAAAGAAUAAAAACGAAUUAGAUACUAUUCUAUCAAUAUUCUGUAUAAACCAAGUACAAACCAAUUAUAAAUACACUUGCCAGCAUGUUUGGGUUAUAAACAUUAUAAAAGCUCUUGGUGUAGUGUGAAGAUCCAUUGUAUGCUAUUUGUUGUUGCCCACCGCACUUCUCUCCUCACUGCAGUAUCUGGAGACCUGCCUGUGAAAAGCACAGUGGCAUUUACCUUUUUUUUUUUUUUUUGGGUGUUUUUGCAGCUGUUCAAAACUUCAUAGUUUAGUAAUUAUUCUCCAUUGUUUUUUACAUUCCCAACAUAUGCCCUUUCAGGAACCUGCUUUUAUUUUGCACAGAAUCUGCUUAUUUUUUGUUUUUCCCCAUUUAUGAUCUGCCCUAUCCACCAUCUCUGCCCCCUGUUGAGCCAAACUCAGGGACCAACCUGCCCCCCCCCCCC